AUGGAGCGGAUCCGGGAAGGAAGGAGGGCCGCACUGGCCAUGUCCGGCGGGGCGCCUCCGCCGCGGCGCCGGCUCAGGAGCAACGGCGGCGGCGUCUCCGGCGGCGCGGGGCCGAGGGACUCGCCUCGGUCCGAGAGGAGGCGGGGGGACCGCCUCAUGCUCAACGGCAACGGCCGCGACGACGGCGACGACACCUCCGACGACAGCCUCGGCGACGACGACGACGACCCCGACGAGGAGCUCGCCGCCUCCGCGCCCAGGUUCCCGUCGGUGCAGCGCCGGUCACCCAGCACGGCGCCUCCGCCGUCCCCGCCACAGCCUGGCGCCGCGCACCAUCACAGCAGCAGCAGCAGCGGCGGCGGCGGCGGCGGUUACAACAACCACCACCACCACGGCCCGCAGUCGAUGCACCGGAAGGGGGGCUCCAAUCCCAAGGGCCCCAUAGUGUGGAAGGCCGCCGACGAAAUGAUCGGCGUUCCAGUCCCGAGGAAGGCGCGCUCAGCUUCUACCAAGAGGUCUUCGCACGAGUGGACAGGCCCCGGCGGUGGGAGCGGCGGCGGCGCCGCUGUAGACGGCUCGCAGAUCCAGCGGCCUUCUUCACGGCCGAUCUCGCCGGCUUCCACAUCGGCCACCGCCCCUGCUCGGAAAAAGCUGAAAACACUUGGCGGCGGUGGGAGCAGCGGCGGUUCUGGGCCUGUACCGAAGCAGCGGCCGUCGCCGGCUUCAGCUCCUUCGGCAGCCCCGCCUCAGCCGCCACCAGCAAAGAUUUCCAAGUCGCCAUCGUUCAUUCAGGAGGAGAUCGAGGUCGCCGAGGUGCUAUUUGGCCUGACGCGGCAGUUCCCCUGCCCUCCCAAGCAGGAGAACAUGAACCACAAGCCGGAGCCCAAGGACGCGCCGGAGGCCAAGUCCGGGAACUCUUCGCCGGCUCCGUCGUCAUCUGUCGUCCGGCCGGCAGAUUCAGCCUCUCUCACCACUAUAGCCCAAAGAGGAAGCGGCCACGGCUCGCCAAGUACGACAACGAGAACCGCCCGGCGAGCCCAGCAAAACCGGACACGGCAGAGCCGCCCGCAAGGCCGGAAGUGCUUCCGGUGGCAAGAUCAGAUGCGAAGCCGUCCGUGUCGGCUGUGGCCGAAAGUGUCGCCAGCACCGCCGCCGCCGCCGCCACCGCUGGCGCGCAGCAGGAGGCUACCCGGGAGCCAGAGAAGAGGGAGGACCACAGAGGAAGAGAUCCAGAGCUCCGGGCCAGUGAAUCAGAUCGACGGGAUCCCGGGCCCGAGAGCAGCCGGGCCGAGCCGCCGGCAGCAGCAGUCAAGCCCGACGGCGAGGCUGCUGCGCCGGUCGGCUCUGAGGCCAGGAAUGGGGAGGCCACCACCGCGACAAAGAGUGAGCUGGCAUCCGAUGGCGCUCGGCAAGAAAAGUUUUGCAUUGAUCUCAUGCCCUUUUUUCAUCUCACCUUUUUCUCUCCCCUUGUGCUUGUUCCAGGCUCCCCCUCCUGGGAAGCUAUCUCCUGAUAGAGAUGGCUCUUCCGACCCUGAUGCGGAUAAGAAGGGAUUGGAUUCUGAGAUGGACGUGGCCGGGAGAGGAAAUUCUGAAAAGAAAGAUGGCGAGAGGACCCGGAGAGGCCUGGAGAUCAAUCUGGAGGACGAGAAGGCGCAAAGGAUUCCGGCGGAGGAGCUUGCUCCAAAGAAGCUCACUCUGCAGCUUGAUUUGGAGAAGCCCAGCCAAGGGGACGAAAAGUCGCCAUCUGAGCGCAGACAGCCGCCAUUGCCGCCACCGCAGCAGCAGCAGCACAAGCCCUCAAAGUCCGAGGUCAAGCAUGAGAAAUCACCUCUACCUGCUGCUUUACCCCCUAUGCCAAUGACCGUAGGCGGCUGGAUGGGGACUUUCCCACCUUUUAGUUACAUUGCUCCUGUUCCUGGACUAUCAGCUCCUGGGCUUCAUCAUCCUAUGGACAUCAAGCCAGGGACUUCUGCUGGAUUACAGCAUCCUGCAUUGCCUCCACUGCCAGUACGCCCCAAGCGCUGCGCUACACAUUGUUACAUCGCACAGCAGAUCCAAUACCACCAGCGAAUUACAAAGAUGAACUCUUUCUGGCCCACAACAGCGGCUGCCGCUGCUGCUGCCGCCGCCACAAGAUCUGCACCAUUCUUUGGUCCAAGAGGACCAUUCAACAUGGGCGUCGUUCCACCUGCGGAGGCUGCCUCCCUUCUCGCGAACCCAAUGCAGGGGAGCUACCCUGUUCGGGCACACGCCCCGCUGCAAGAAACUAAGGCUCCUUCAAUGGUGCCUUCUCCUUUCCAGGGGAGCCUCUCCAAGGAUAAAGCGGCAUCCAGCAGUGCCAGUGUUGCUGAAUCAAACCAAAGGAAGCAACCUCCAGCUCUUGAAGCGCAGCAGUCCUCUCCCAUGCCACCAAACAUGAUGCAAGCGCCAACAUUCAUCUUUCCAUUCAACCAACAUGCUGCAGCAGUAGCAGCUGCAACUGCCGCUGCCAAUCGAAUGGGAGAUACAAAAUCUUCUGGCACCAGCAGUGCGAUGCCGUCAUCUGCCACUGCCCACGCUUCAGCAGCACACGCUGGCGCAUCGGCCAUGAACUUGAGCUUUGCCAACUUGCAGCCGGGUGAUGCCCAGUUCUUGGCCAUCUUACAGAACGGCUACCCAUUCCAGCUCGCUGCUGCUCAUGCUGGAGGAGCUCCAUCAUAUCGAGGCAUGGCACCACCAGGCCCAGGUGUACCGUAUUUCAACGGGCAUGUCUACUCUCCCCACAUGUUGAACCCAUCACAGCAGCAAGGUACGCAGCAACAAAAUCAUCAGAAAAACUCAAUGCCAAGCUUGUCUGGUUCCUCUCAGAAGCAUCAGCCACAACAAUCACAAGGGUUGCUGGGAUAUGCACCAAAUGCUAAUGCUGCUGCUGCCGCUGCCGCAGCUGCCGCAGCAGCCGCUGCCAACAGUUCCCAGAGCUAUUCGAGCGGCAACCAGCGUCCUGUUCUUCUACAUGGCCUCGCUCACCGACAGGAUCCAGACAAGACUCUGCAAGAUGGCCAGUCAAGUGAUGACAAGUCUUCACACCAUCAGAAGGGUGGGCAUGAACAUAAUUUUGCUAUUCCAAUGCAUCUUCCAAAUUUUGCGUUGAUGCCAUCUGCUGGGAAUCAGAGUGAGAAGAAAUCGAAUGAUCACCACCAGCAGCCACCAACCAGUCGAGGCCAGGGGGUUCGAAUUGAUCUUGCUUCAUCUCAGCCUUUUGUGAUGCCCUUUGGUUCCAUUGGCGCUCCUGGUUCUGCUCCAAAUGGUCUUGACUUCUCGUCAUUGGCACAGAACCAUGCGCUUUUCCAGAGCCAUCAAGAAGCAGGCCGGCAUGGUUACCCUCAGCUCAAUUUUGCUUCAGCCCAGUCUGUUCAAGGUGCACAGCAUAAACCCCAGCAUCAAAAUGCUGCAGAAGCUAAAUCUGUGGCUGGGGAUUCAUCUUCAACGCCAAGUGCUGGAGAUAAUGAGAGAAAGAAAUCUGCAUCUGCAAAGUACCCGAGUGAUUCACAGCAGCAUUCUCUUUCUUUCUCUAAGCCAGAAAACAAGUCUUUUAUGCACCCUUUCCUUGGUAGCAGUGCUAAUGAGCCCUCAGUCCGCACUUUGAGCCUUAUUGGUGCGGAAUCUUCGAAUGCCUUUGGGUUAGGCAGCAGCAAAUCUUCAAGUGCUUCUACUGCAGCAGCUACGUCAGCUGCAGCCCCAUCUGCACCGACCAUGUCCCAGCAGCAGCAACAGCAGCAAAUUCAGCUGCAGCUGCACCAACACCAUCAGCACCAGAUGCAGCAACAAUUCCAGCAGCAGCAACUCCAACAGCAGCAGCAACAGCAGCAACUCCAGCAGCAGCAGCAACAGCAGCAACUCCAGCAGCAGCAGCAACAGCAGCAGCAGCAACAACAACAGCAGCAGCAGCAACAACAACAGCAGCAGCACCAGCAACAUAUGUUACAGCUUCAGAAACAGCAGCAGCAACAGCAAUUGUUUCAAAAUCAUCUGAACUCUCGCCCCAGGUCUGCUGCUCCGAGUAAUGCAAGUGGAUACUCUGACCGUUUGAGUGCGACGAACUUCCAGAAUUUAAUGUAUCCAUCAAGCGCUUCUCAAGGCGGAGUUCCUGGUCAAUCACCUCAAUUGAAGGCAUCGUCGUCGAUGAGAGUGUCAGCUCCACCUUCAGCUGCUUCUGUCCCUGCUGCAUCCUCGCCUUCUAAUUUGAUUAUGAUGAAGAACAGUGGUCUCCAUCAACAAGCAAAAGCUCUGCAGGCUCUCUCCACCCCGAAUCACCAGUCACAAAGCAUGAGUUCGUCGAAGAUUGGCCACUCCCUUACUAAUCUUUCUACUGGAGGAGCAGGGGACCUAUCUCGAUCUUCAAAUGCUCCGGUUGCUUCUGGUUCGCCAUCUAACUCGGUCUCCAAAAGUACUGGUGGUAGCCCACCUGCAUCUGGAAGUGCGAAGGGUGGCCAGCCAGUUGUCCAAUUGUCAUCACCUCAACAACAUGCAGCAAAGAACUCUCCUUCAACUUCUGGAUCCAAGUCGGCUUCAACAAAUCCCUACAGCAGUAUGCCUAUGCCAUCGAUCCUUGGUCAGCAACCAAACAUGGCUCACUCUGGUGGUAAGCAGCAGUCACAUGGACCCUCAUUGAAACAACAGCAGGCGUUCCCACAAGGCCAUGGCCACGGCCAUUUCUUCAUCUCCAAUGCCUUUGCGCCACAAGGUCCGCCUCAGCAUGUAAAUGCUGGAGCUGGUGCUGGCCUCUACCAAAAGCGCUCGGCUGACAAGACGCAGCAGCAGCAGCAGCAGCAGCAGAAUGCUGUCUCUGGUUCGUCUGCGAUGCUCUCUCUUGGUUCCAUGUCGAUGUCCACAUCUGCGGUUCCAGCCGAUGCGGGGAAGGCUCAUAGUGCAGCUGGCAGUAACAUGAAGGCCAAUCUUCAUCCAGCGCCUGGUGGUUUUAUGCACCUUGCGACAGCGGGGCAAUCUGCGAGUGGUUCGCCUCACUCUCACCUUUCAGCGGCACAAUUGACGUUUUCAAUGCCAAUGCCCGUAAAGCCUACCAGUGAUCAGAAGCCUGCUGCUGGUAAGUAA